AUGCUGGAUAGCCAACUUCUCAGUCUUCAAAGUUUUAUCUGCUCAGAUACUCUAGUCCCCGAUUACCUCUACGACUUGGACCCAAACAUGGCACCCUCAGCCAUCACACCCCCUCCCUCCUCUCCUACCCUUCACUCCGCUUCCUCCUUCAAAAUCCUCAUCCCCGAACCCCUCUCGGAAGAAGGUCUCACCCUCCUACAAUCUUCCUCCCACGAGGUCACUUACCACCCGAAAACAACACCCGAUACCCUCGCCUCCCUUCUGCCCUCUUACCAUGCCCUGAUCAUCCGCUCCGAAACAAAAGUUACCUCCGCCAUCUUGUCUCCUGAUGUUUCACCCAACCUUCGUGUCAUUGCUCGUGCCGGUGUGGGCGUCGACAACAUCGAUGUUGAAGCCGCCACCAAGCGUGGCAUCAUCGUCGUUAACUCUCCCCAUGGCAAUAUCGCGGCUGCAGCCGAGCACACACUUGCGUUGUUGCUCGCCUUGGCUAGGAAUAUUGGCAGGGCUGAUACGGGUAUGAAGCAAGGCCGGUGGGAGAGGAGUAAGCUGGUGGGUGUGGAAGUCGGCGGAAAGACAUUGGGAAUCAUCGGGUUGGGAAAGGUAGGGAUGAAAGUAGCUAGAAUGGCCACUGGAUUAGGGAUGAAGGUCCUAGGACUGGACCCGUAUGCGAGUCCUGAGAUAGCGAGGAGUGCUGGAGUGAAGCUUGUUGGCGGUGGGAAAGAUGGCAAAGGCGGACUUGAGGAGUUGUUGAAAGCGGUAGAUUUCUUGACGGUUCAUACGCCGUUGUUGGCGAGUACGGCGGAUAUGAUUGGGGAGAAGGAGUUGAAGCUGAUGAAAAAUACGGCGAGGGUAUUGAAUGUGGCGAGGGGUGGAGUCUACAAUGAGGGAGCGUUGUUGAAGGCUCUGGAAGAGGGAUGGAUUGCUGGAGCGGGAAUCGAUGUCUAUACACAGGAGCCGGUGAAGUUUGAUGUGGAAGAAUCGACAGCUGCGAGACUAGCGAGACAUCCAAAGGUAGUAGCAACGCCGCAUCUGGGAGCGAGCACGGUUGAGGCGCAGGAGAAUGUGUCAAUUGAUGUGUGUACGCAGGUGUUGGAGAUUUUGAAGGGUGGGAUGCCGACGGCGGCUGUGAAUGCACCGUUGAUCUUGCCCGAGGAGUAUAGGAGGUUGCAGCCUUUUGUGAAGCUAAUUGAACGCAUGGGUUCCCUCUACACGCAACACUUCGCCCGCACCAAGCCCAACAGUCUAGGCGGCCGACGUUUCGAACUCACUUACCACGGCGCCCUCGCCUCCGUUCCUCCGCCUUCCACCCGGCCCCUAACCGCCGCUCUCAUCAAGGGUCUCCUCUCUUCCAUCUCCUCCCACGCCGGUCGUGACGUCAACAUCGUCAAUGCCUCUCUCAUUGCCCGUGAGCGAGGAAUCGCUAUCGAUGAGAAGUUCAUGCGCGAUGACAACACCCUUACCUCUGGUUCCGGUGAGGGAGGACAGGUGACACUUCGGAGUUACCUUACGUCCAACUCCAAGACUGGAAGCAAAGAAGAGCAAGAACAGAUUAUCGAGGGCCACGUAACCAGUGGUUCAGACAUCUUCAUUUCCAAACUGGACCGGUUCGCCGGCGCCAACUUCCAGCCUGAGGGAACACUGUUGGUGCUGAGGAACUACGAUCGUCCGGGAAAAAUCGGUGGCGUAGGCAUGGUGGUAGGCAGACAUGAUAUUAAUAUAAGGUUUAUGCAGGUUGCUGGACUAAGUGGUGGUGGUGGCGAUGGUACUAAGCGAAGAGCAAGACCAGUUGGGACGGUGGAAACGAGGGGGGGAGAGGAGACGGAGACACUGGAGGAAACGGAAGAGGAUAGUAGGGAGGCGCUGAUGAUACUGGGGGUUGAGGGUGAUGUUACGGAGGAGGUGGUGAGAGAGUUGGAAGGGCAGGAGGGGAUUCUGGAUGUUAGUUUGGUGAGGCUGUGA